UAUAUCUGGAAAUGUCAUCAAUAAAUAAACUUUCUCUAUUUUUUAUCAAUUAUUUUCUAUUUCUUAAGAGUACAAAUAAAACAAUUAUUUAUAUUUUUGAUGCCAAAAUGUAAAUCAAAUAUGUCACUUCAAAUGCGCAUAUUAAUAUUAAAUGUUUAUUUUUAUAUAUUUGAUAUACAAAAUAUUUAUUUAAAAUAGUAUUUUUAUUUUAAAGAUAAAUCUUUUAAAUAGACAAUUCUAUUUCAAUUUUUCUUCAAUAUCGAUUACAAUCACAUGUAGACAAAAAUGGAUAACUCUGAGUUAACUAUGUGUUUUUCUAUCACAAUAAUCGUUGAAUGAGAAGUAGAUAAUAGCUUUGUUUAAGAAUACGAAGUACAAAGUAUUUCUAAAAAUCUUAAAAAAAGAACGAGCAAUUAACUUAUUUCAUUAAAAAAAUAUUUCAACACAAUUAAAAUCGAAUCAAAUAUCAGAUAAAUUACAUGUAAUUAUAUUAAAAUGUAAGAAUAAAUAAUAUACUUUAAGGUUUUGAAAUGUUAAAAUAAAUAAUAAUUAAAUAAUAGAACUUUUUAGAAUAAAUAAUAUUAUAUUAUAUUAAAUCGUAUUUUAGAGCUCGAAGAAAGGAAGGAAAUAGAACCAUUGUUUUCGGUGAGUUGAAAGAGCACCGGGUACACGCACGAAAGCCGUCGAAAUCGUUGAACUACCGUUUGUAUCGUUGCACGAGCAUACUCAACAACUAUCUGCCGGUGGCGCGUAGGAUCCGCGAAUUUAUCAGUUUGCCGUGCAUCCCUCCAGUUCCUGGCCGGCGGGGAGAUUGUCUGGAAUGUCGCCAGGCGAGCAAUCGUUCGUCCAGCUGGAAGAAGAAACUUGCGAGAUGCGCUUGUGGAAGUCUUUGUGAGAGAAAGUGGCGAAAAAGAAUGCACAACACACACACACACACACACACACACAGAUGGACUUAAGGAAAAAAAGGAAGUGCAGACCGGGGUGGACAGGAAGGGUGAUGAACGGCAGAGAGGAAGAAAGGAAGGAAGGAAGGACAAAGUCUGGCGGAGACCACGAAAUAUCUGUCAAUCGCAAGAGCGAGGAAGAGCGCGCGACGCCGAAGUCGAUUUAACGCCCGUUAAGGAAGCAAUUCCUUUAAGAAGGACGAGCGCGCCUCGCCCGCAAGGACAACGUAACCCGGGAGAUCCUUGACCCUUGCCGGGGUCUUACGACCUUUUCUCCGCGGGGAAUCGCUUCCGCGUCGCCAUUAUCGGCGGACGAAUAGAACAUCAAUAACCAAUUUCGUAAGACUAAUAUCGCGUAAAUUAGUUUUCUCUCCCUCUUGAAAGUUCCUCCCCGCCCGCGCGUCCUUCGUAUUUCACCGCCGCGCGGUGAGCCAUUCGCUAAAGGAUCGUGGACCCGCUCGAUAGCGACGUUCAUGGUUUUCUUAAUGUCCACAUCCACGGGCGGCGAACGAUCGUGAAUCUCCUUUUAUCGUCGCGCGAUAGUCGUUUUUCUCCGCAUCUCUCGCGCAUCCCCGUCCUUUUUUUUUUACACCCCGGCAGAGAGAGAGAGAUAUAUAUAUAUAUAUAUCUCGCCGAUGUCAUUACGUCGGAGCGACGUGGCAAAUUUUUUAACUGGCAUUCUUCCCGGUUCGUAGGAAUUUCGACGACGAGCUCGGUAGUAUCGUCGAAGUUCGUAAAUUGCUACAUUUUCCGCUGGAAGGGCGAGGGCGAUGUCAAACCUCGACGGACGACAGAUCGUUCCUUCGUCUCUCGCGUCGUAUUUGCAUAAUUCUCGGAGUCCGCGCGACGGUGCCGCUUAAAUUUUCGAGACCACUAGCGCUACGAUCGCGAUCGAAGUUCCGCGCGAUGUUACACGGGGAAGUAAAGUCAAGCAGCGGCGAUGGCCCAUAAAAAAAAAAAAAAAAAACCCCGUCGACGAUGCGUCGGCGCGAAACGCGCCGGGAUGCAAAUUUCACGAGUUUUUCCAAUGGCGUUGAUGAAUAAGGAAUCGUGGCGUGUGCGAGUAACGAAAUGGAGUACGAAAGGGAAGAGUGGCGUAAAGACCUCGUUGGAAAAACUGAGUUUCAUCAAGCACACUGGCCCUCUUUUCUCAGCCCUUCUCGCCCUUCCCCCCCCCUCCCCCUCUUUCUCUCUCUCGCUCCUCUUGUAUCGCAAUCUCGACGCCUUUAUGUAUAUACAUUCGCUCUUAUCAGAACGUGCGCUUGUAGGGGAUGGGCGACACCGGAGAAGGCCCGAAACAGAAUUUUGCGUAUCAAAGUUGACGGAGCACCCGCCAUGCAUUAUUCCACCCGGUCCUUUGUGCGCGCGUCGUGCCGUAUCUGUUACGUGUUUUCUCGUACUUUUUCGUCGUUUUCUUUGUUGCCGGCUUCGGUAAGGAAAUCGACGACUGACGCAUCCAAUAUGCACGCUCCACUCUUUUCUCCCUUUCCCCGUUAACGAAAAUUGCAUUUACGUGAUUUUUCUUAAAUAACUUGAGAUUAAUGCGGCGGAAUUAAUAGAGCAUGAAUAUGUACAUUAUUACAUAAAUGUAAAUAACGUGAUGAUUAUGCAGUCGGUAUGUCGAACGAGUGGCGAGUCACGAACAAAAGCUAAUCGAUUUUAAUGAAUGUCACUCAAUCAUAUAUGUCGCGGCGUUGAAUAAAAUUGCAGUUUAACCGACACACACUCAUUGAAGCUCCAUGAGGCAUUUUGGUUUGAAAUAAAGAAAAACGAAGAAAUGCAAAUCUAAGGGUCUCUAACGUUUCUUCAAAAUUUUAUCGUGAUCUCCCAUGUAAGUUUAAUCUCUAAUGAAUAUGUAAAGAAUUUUUUUGUCAUAUCUAUUUGAAUAUUGAUCCAUCGGCCAUCGAAAUGCAAGUUCAUUUAUCAUUAAUUCUAAUCGUCUAAUAAAUGGAAAACCUUAGAGCUCGUUAAAGCUUCCUACUGUGAUUAACCUAUAUCCGAUUCCUUUUUUUGCGAAGGUCCCCCAUCGAGAGAAGCGAAUGGAUGGACUUGUCGCGUGAAGACUACAAUCGACAAUAUGAAGAGAGGGGCGAGGUGCGUCGUACAGACCAUCAAUCUGUCCAAUCCGAAAACAUGCACGAGACCGAAGGUUGAGAGACUCAUUAGCGCGGAUGUGGAUUCCUCCUGCGAUCCUAAUCGCGCAGGCGAUUACUGGACCCCUCGACCGGUGGCAGUUAGAGCUUGCUCGUGGAGGGACGCGCGGAGGAAGUGCUCGCCAAAGGUGAGGGAGGGUUAUCGUGAUUUUCAAGGGUUUAAUUAUAGUUCCGGAAUCGCAAAUACACCCGAUAUGCAUUAUGCAAAUAAUCAAACGUGUCAUGAAACCUCGACAGUCGGUGUACACUGCUAUAGCGAUGGGUCUCUAAUGGAGGAGGGCAGUCCGAGUCCCCGUAGCUGGCGCUUAAUUAUUUACGCGUCGUCUUUAUUCAUGCAGUUCCAUGGACCCCCUCAAAAGAAGGCGUCUUCCUUGCCGCUCUCGACCGGCGAAAAACUUUACAGAGUCGUGGCAUUUUUCGUAAAAGGCGCUAUCGUUACCGGCCUCAUCUACUGGACCUAUACGGAAGGUCUCUGGGGCGACAGCACCGAAACGGAGGACCUGUACUACAGAAUGGCGAGCGUGAUUUUUCCCGAUCGGCCGGUAUAAAUAUAAUUAAAUUAAAAAAGCAUUAGAAAAGGCACGCGCGCGAACAACACACUGACAUGUUAUCCCCUCGCCCAAGGACCUGUCGCAUCUCAAGGGAGUAAAAUGCUCCGCGAUCGAGACGUACAAUCAUAUGAUAGUGAAAGGAAUGGAUAUUAUUAUCAGCGUGCCACGCGAUGCGUACCGAAGAUUGCGAGAUUUUCUAUACCCGUACGACACGACGACAGAGACGAAGGGAAAGCCGGCGAAAUCCACUGACGAGUAUUCAACGGAAGCGUAGUAUUUUCAGAGAUUGUGCGUGUCCAAAACGUUAAUUGUGCGUGUCAAAAUUCGCGUUGCGAUAAAUGUAUUUGUCUCAUAUUUCUUUUUCAAAAGGUUUGUACGAAGCUUUUUAGUCUUAAUAGUAUGUGUAGAAUUUGAGCGAAUUAUUGUGAGAUUUUUUGUAAGAUUUUACAGAAAUCCUUGUUGUACAAUGUUAAUAUAAACGCAUAAAAAAUUUACUAGUUGUUCUAUUUUUACGCUCGAGUAUCUGCGUAAAUUUUGUGUGGGCACAAUUCUCUUGUUGAUUUAAAAAUUAUUUAAAUUUUUGUUCUUGGCACUUAUUCAAAAGCGCGUUUUUGUAGUUCCCAUUUAUAAACUUGAUGAGAAAAUAGCAUUGCGAAAAAUAAAAUUAAAUAAAAUUUCUUACAUACCCUAAUAAAACUGUAAUAAAUAUUGCAAA